UCGUUUUUUUAUACCUUAUUCCCUUGUAUCCCUAUCCUACUAUUGUUAGCUAUGGGCGUUGGCCAUGUCAGGAUGUUGGAAAGCAGGAUAGAAUGUUGUUGUCCUAUGUUGGCACCAGAAGUGAGCCAAUGCAGGGGAAACCUCCGAGGCCUAGGGCAUCACCGGACCGUCUUGGCUCGUGGCUGAGCACCCCGUAUUGCUGCCAGCCAAGUCUCGCGCUCGCAUCGUGCCGUGGCUUGGGGUUGGUUAUGGGACGGGCGAAGGAUAACCACAUGGCUAGAGACGAACUUGGAAUGCCAAUAAUGUCUCCGCGGCACCUAUCUCAUGGGCAACGAGCUUCUAUGAAUAUAUCAUCAAGUAGGUAUCAAAGUCCGUGUAUUCCUCAAGACAAGAUACUCCUUCAGCCGUCUGCUCUCUGCCCUGAUCCCGCUCUUCUCUGGGUACCCCUUCUCUACCCCUUCUCUGCUCCGCUCUGCUUCUGCUCCUGCUCCUUCUCCCAUGUUCACCCCCCUGACCCUCUUCAGCUUAAGGGUCCCCGUCAUGUCAUUACGGUGUUCAGAGGUGUUCAGUGGGGGGGAAAUUAACAACAGUCUCCGGUCUCUAGUCCCCGGACCUGAUAACGACGGCAGAAGCUUCCGGUGCGGCCAAACCAACAAAAAGUCAAGAAGUAAAAGAGGAAGAAACAAGAGUUUGCCCGGCUCCCAGAGACACAAAGCGCAGGAGAACAAUAAAAGAGAGGUGUAGGGGGGGGGAAACGGAGCCGAGGGGG